AUUAAAGCAAUUCUUUAUAUCUUUUAACAGGGCUAUUCCAGAGUUCAAGGAAUGUACCAGACCUAUGUAUACUUCCUGUUAUUUUGAUAAAGUUGAUGUGUAUGGUGUCUUUGAUUACAUGUGUGGCCCAGGACGUGGAGAGUUCUUGGAAUAUUCACAAUGUUUCAACGAUACCAACUAUCUCAAAAAGUCAAAGACAUGCAACCAGAAAAUGAAAUCUCAGCGCUUACAUAUACAUAAUAUUGAAGACGUUUGUGAUUUGGAAAAGGAAGUAAGGACCUGUGCAUUGAACAUUGCAGGUGAAUGUAGUCCCGGUUCCAGACACUUUAUAUCUGUUAUCUUGGACAAGAGUCUGAAAAACGUUUUGGUUGGCAAAUGCUCUGGAUUAAGCCACGAAACCUGGAUGGGAAUAUAUGUUGCUAUUGCUUUAACUGUUGGAGUGGCAAUUGCUGGCAUUAUUAUUGGUGUAAAGCAAUACAAGCAGAAGAACGCUAUAUCUCAUAAUCGUUUUUAUUGAGUAAUGUCUGAAUAAGUCAGUGUCUUGACUUGAAUUUAUUUUAAAGUAUGAAUUAGAUUUGUAUGUGUGUGAGUAUGUGUGUAUGUGUACCCAUAUAUAUUUAUAUAUAUAUCUAGUAUACAGUCUGCCAUGAGUUGCUAUAUAAUAGCAUAUGGUUACAAGAACAGAAGUUGACUUUUAUGCAAAUGCUGUAAUUGAUUUUUUAAAUAAAAACAUUAACAUCUAAUAAGAACAUAAUACAUUUUAGUGUGUGUGUGUGUGUGUGAGAGAGAGGGGGACAAGAUUGACAUUCUGACAAAGGCAGCUAAGCUGAAAUUUUGAAGUUGGUCAACUUUUUCUUUGUAUGAAUAAAAUAAUCUGAUACUUUAACUGGAAAGUAUUGAGUGAUCAGUCAAUGUUUUGCUGGUUUUUUAAUAGAUAUCUAUACAUUAAAACAUACAUAUGCACAUAUGUGUGUGAUUACAUUGCAAUGAUGUUUUGCAAAUAUUUGAGGUAUGGCAUCUGUAAAAGAUGUUUGAAGGUGUUGUUCAUAAUGUUAGAUGUCCAGCCAAACAUUCCUUUCUCUUCUGACUGAACACUGAAUGUCCAGAUAGUAGUUCCUCAUUAAUCGAUUCCAAACAGUUUCUUACUUGCUAAACAUUAUUAGUUCUCCGUGUUGGUAGAUUACUUCUGAACUUCUAUUGUUCAAUGUUGUUGAAUUGAAAUUGGAUGGAUGUUGAAGUAAACUAAAUACUACUUAGAAAGUCACAUCUUACAUUGCUGUCAUGUAACUGACUGGUUUCAAAAAAGAAAACUUGUGCAUAUAAAAUUCAUUUUGUAGUAAUUUCCAAAUAAAUUUAAUUGGCUCUCACAA